UUCCCCACUUCCUUUGUGUGCGGCGCUGCGCGAGGAAGAGACCCGGGCGGAAGAAACCGAGAUAAACACAGGAAGUUUGAGAUCUAUCUUCACUGGUGGUUCACUAGAACGAACUCCCUCCAAGGGAGUGCUGGACAGAGCUUAGUUAUGGAGCACACACCAGAGGAGGGUGUGGUCAUAGAGAGGAAAGAAGAGAUAACUUUCCUCAAAGAGCCAGUGCUGGACUCAAACACUGGGGAUGCACAAGGAGACGUGAUGGUGGGACAGGUUGUCCCUUUUGUCAGGAAGGAGAUUCCACCGAAGAAGGACCGCAUGGACCCGCUGAAGAUAGACAUGUCCAAGCCUAUUUCUAUGCCACACACCUCUGCACAGCUCUCUUUGCAGUGUCUUGAGUGCCACAUUAUUUUCAGUGAUCACAAGAGCCGAGAGCGCCACCUUAAGCACAGCCACCCUGCCGAGUAUGAGCAGUGCAUGCUGGGGGAUGCCCUUUUUGCCUGUUAUGUCUGUGACCGCCACUUCACUUGCUCCAGGGAACUCAUGGCUCACCAGCGCACUCAUACAGAGAAGCAACCGUUCAAAUGCCCCAUCUGUGGUGAUGCCUUCAGUAGGUCCUCUGAACUGACACAUCACAAGAAGGUCCACUUUGGUAAGCAUGGAUACACCUGUGCAGAUUGUGGCAAGCCCUGUAAGACCCUGACCUUGCUCAAGUACCACCAGCGCACACACACUGGGGAGAGACCCUAUGUGUGCAAGGACUGUGGUAGGAGGUUCAGUAUGUCAAAGGCCCUCCAAAAACAUCGCUUUUUACACAACUACGACACAAAGGUAGUUGAAGAGACCAUUUUCCUAAGCUCUGCCACUUCUACCGCACACACCACAAAGCUUACAGGUCCCGAAGGCAGUACACAAGGCAAACCCACAGUUGCUUUUUCGUGCUGCUUGUGUGGGGUGGCCUUCAAGAGUGCCAAGACAAUGCUCCAACACAUGAAACACAAGCACUCACAACAGAGAGAGGCAGAACUCAACAAUACUGUAAGUGCAGGAGAACAAUUAAAGGACGGUGAAAUAAUGAAAUCCCAAACUGAGACAUGUGAACCAAUUCAAGUUCUAGGAAACAUGGACACAUUUGAACAAGGACAAGGAUUGCAGGUGAUAGAAACACUUGGACAAGAACAAAUGCAGCAGCUGAUAGAGACAUUAGGGCAAGAACAGACAGUCGAACAUGUAGCAAUAGUGGUACAGGAACAGUUAGAGGAACAACAUGAAGAUGCCUGCGAACAGAAGCAGCCCACUGAACUUGAACUGACACAGAAAGACAUAGCAACGGUGGAAGAACAACAGGUGCAUUUCGGAACAAUAGAAUUAACGCAGGCACAGGGACAAAUUAAGAACAUUGACAUGGAGCAGGCGCACCUGCAUAUGGACACAUUAGAAUUAGAGUUGACACAGGACCAUAUUGAAACAAUAGUGCUGACACCAGUGGAGGGACAUGAAGAGGCGUUCCUACUCGACCAAACAAAUGAACAAACGCAGAGAGUGGAAACGGCGCAGUCGCCUUCAGAAGAAGACAAAGCAGAACAGGCAAAUGGGCAGGUGCAGACUGAAGAACUGCAACAUACAGAUGGACAAGUAGGAGUGCAACUGGAACUGACACAAGAACAGGUGCACUCGGGUGAACUGGAACAGAGGCAACCUGAAACGGUUCAGCUUGAACAAAUUCAGGGGGAAAUGGAGAUGGUGGAACUGAAACAGAUACAGAUACUGGAGCAGACAGAGACACAAGUGAUAGAGCAGGGAAAGACACAAAAACCAAUGGGAGAAGGACAGGAAGAGAAUACAGCCUGUGACAGACUUGAAGACAUACAAGAUCUAUCAGAAAAGACUAAAGAACUGCAAGAGAAAACCUCAGCACAGCAAGAAAAGAUCGAUGAAUGUUUGUUUCAGAUAAAUGGAACAGAGCAGGAGGAAAUUAAUCACUCAGAACACAGCCAAAACAAUGUAUUACAUACGCACAAUCUAGAGGUUUUAGCUAUGCCCACAGAAAGUAAAGAUACAGAAGAGAGCAGCCAAAUAUCCUCACAUGCAAUCCCAUUGCAAGAAAUUAUAGAUGAGUCACUGCAAGUUCAACCAAAGGAGGCACAACUAAUAAAUGAACCGGUUAAGAAUCCUCAGUAUUUGAAACCAGUGGAGGCAUUCCCUGAACAUACAGUAAAAGAAAAAGAGCAGAUAAAACAUGCUAAAAAGCAACGAAAAGUAAAACAAAGAAAACCUACACAGACUAAGAAGGGACAGCUUGUGGGGCAGUUUAUUCCCCCAGAAAAACAAAGUCAUUCAAAACAAGACCCACUGCAGACAUGUAAAAUGCAAAAAAAAAGUGUGUCUCAAUGCCACAAACAGAAACAAAAGCCAUCCACACAAAUGACCGUUGACAAGUUGGAGUUAAAACAAAAAAGUGGAAAAGAAAAAGCAAAGAAACAAGACAAGAAAGUUAAAUCACAUCCUUUACUGCAGGAGAAAAUGCAGCAAGCAGUACCACGGUCGUCAAAGCAAAUGCAAGGAGUGCAGCCAAGAAAGAAGCUUAAACAAAUUCAGAAAGCUGUGUGUCAGAAGCAAUCAAAGCCAAAGAAAGGGCAAGACCAAGUAUUAUUAAAGGAUACUCAAAAAAAUAGAAAAAGAGGCCAAAUUUCUGAAGUACAGUUUAGAAAUCAAGAAAAAUUUGUAGCAGAGAAGAAGCUGAAAAAACAAGAUGAAGCAAAUGAACAGAAAAAUACAAAUAGUAUUUCACUACUUAAAGAUCUAGAGCAAAUCAAGCAACAGUCUUUGUUAUUACUGAAGGGACACAAACAGCCACAGCUAAAAGUUCAUAAAUUAGAUCCCAAAAAGACUCAAGGAGUUCCACAUCAGCCACUAGCAAGCCAGCAUCAAAGUGUGAGUCCCCAGAAGGAUCAGCAGAUGCUGCCAGUGCAAAAGCAGAAGAGAACAAAAACUCAAGAGCCACAGCAGAAUAUGCCAAUUCAGAAACGGCGUAGACAGACAAGGAAUUCAAAAGGAAGGCAUAAAGACAUCCGAAAAUCACAUCCUUCCAACUCAUCCUUGGUUUCCUCUACCCCACCUGCCAAGUCCAAGCCCCCUCGAAAGCGCAAGGCACCUUCAGCAGGAGUAUCUGAAAUAGUACAUGCUCGACGGGCACUCAGCUGUGAAGAGUGUGAGGAAAGAUUCUCUGACAGGGUAGCUUUAGAGGAGCAUGUAUCUGCUCUCCAUUCCUCGUUGGAUGUACCUUCUCAUAGUGAUGCAACUGUCUCAAAACCAGGAGAGAAAAGUCCCACCACUCUAACAUCAGAAAAUCCAGCAACACAAACAGCUGAUAAAGAACAGGAUAUGACCAGCUUAAAUGAGAAUGAAGUUGGAAAAAUUUCUGGUCAUGGAGGGGAAGGGGUGAAAGUAGUGGGUGUAGUUUCUUCGGGUGCAGAACUGUGCCUAACGUUGGACCUGUUGCAGACUCCAAAGUCAAAUAAAGAUGUAUCUGAAAAUUCAAUCAACACAGAUAACUAUGGAAUACGAGUUGCUACAGACUGGGAUAUGGAGGUAGAGAUGGGGGAAAUUGGACUGGGAGAAAGAGUGGAAAGAGUCUCUUUCCCAGCACUGAAUCCAUCUCCUUCUCUUGCUUCAACUUUCCUUGAAGGUGAAGGUCAAGGAGGAGGAGAGGAUAAUAGGGGGGUGAAUGGAGACCGUAAUGUGAUUGUAGUACCGUUGGAUUCCUCAAUUUUGGACACAAGCAAAAGUGUUCCCUCUGAAAAGCAGAAACUACAGCAUGAAGCUGAGAUUGUGGAAAAUCAGGAAUUGCUGGACACUAUAGGUGAGUCCAGGCAGAGUCGAGAACCAUGUGACACUGAACAAACAAAGAGUAAUAUACAACCACAGAAUACAGUCACAACUUGUCCUCUUCUUUUACAUACUUCUUCCAAAUCCUUCCAAGUCAAGGAAAAUCAGAAUAACACUAAUUUACCUAAUUUGUCAUUAGCAACCAAAUUGCACAACUUUCAGCAAAGUGUGACCAUGAACGAAGCACAAACCAAAGGUCAUCAUUGCAGAGAGAAACAACAUCCAGGGAAUGAGAAGCACAAUGAAAAGACGUCAAAUGGUAUACAGCUUCAUGCAUCUAAUACUGAGUUUCAACAGGUCACGGAGGAGGAAAUUAAAGAAGAACUGCUUUCAGAGGUUAAUUUAGUCACGGUUGGAGAUGACAGUAUGGAAAAUCAUCUCCACUUGAGUGAAGAGAGUAAUCUGACAUUAGCUGGCAGUCCUCAGGUCACCCUUAUUGCCACAGAGUCAGCGAGGCCAAGUCCACAUAUAAAUAAAGAUAUUCCCAGAGGUACUGAAAAUGUCUCAGAUCAAGAGAUAAGCUUAAAUAUCAGUGAAACUGCUCUGAACUCGAAUACAAAUAUGGUUUCUUCUACCACAGAAACAGAAGUCAAACAAGAAGAGGAUGAAAUAGAAGUAGAGAAGAAGGAAAAUGUAAGAAGAAGAGCAUUGAGGGGUAGAGGUAGGAGAAGAGGGACAAACAUUCUUCAGAGAGGUGGAGGCCAGAUGCAAAAAGUCAGAGAAGACUUAAAAGAAUUAGAGAAAGAAAAGGAUGGGUGCCACAUUGUUCUUGAGGUACAGCCACUCACCAGUGAUUCUCCAAUAAAGAAAGAGCAGAAGGUGGAAUUUCCUAACCGAUCCCAGUCUCCCGGUCAUAAAACAUGUAAUGAUCAGGAAGAAAUAACAUUAGGUUGUGAUGAAGAGGAACCUAAAAUUUGUGCAAGUUUGUCAAGAUCUUGUCUUCCAACCUCCCUGGAAGAGUCUUCUGAUGAGCAGUUAGUUUUUGAAUUGGAUUCUGUCACCACCAGUGUAGAAGUUUUGAAAACUGAGGAGGGUAUGGACGGUGAGCGGGUGGAAGAUGAGGGAACAAGGGAGAAAAAUUGCCAGUCUCCAUGUAUUCUUCUUGAGAGGUUCCUCACAAGAAGAGAAAGGCCAGAGGAAGAUGUGGACCAGUGCCAAGAUGAAAUGAACAAUGAAAAAAAUACGAAUAGGACAUCCCCGGGUUACGAGGUGGAAUGCAGUGAGGAUAGCAAUGCCAAUCAGAUAAUGUUAAUGGAAUCUCUGAGAGGUCGGGUCAUAAAAGUUGAAGAGUAUCCCACAGAAUCCUGCCCAACAAGCUCCUCUGUCAGCAAGAGAGUGCAAGUGGUUGAUCAUAUCAGUCAAUGUGAAAAACAAAGUGGAGUCCAGAUAUUUUUAGUAAAGGAGGAGGACCACAUUGUUCUUAAUGAACCACAAGUUUUUCCCCAACGUGGGCACACAAAACUAGCGAUGGAGGAAAUGGAGGCCAGUGACAGUGCAUGUCUUGACACAGAGGCUGUAUCCCAUGGUAACAGACAUCAAGAAGUAGAAGGAGAACAGGAAGGGCCAACUAGUUUAUCUCCUUUGAUUCUUGAUGGUAGAGUUGGUAGCCAGCAAUGCAUAUUCCUCCAGGUGAAAGAGGAGGAGAGAGAAGUGGAGUUAGGAUCUUCACAGGAACACGGAAUCUCACUCUUUGUCGUUCCUGGGGGAAGGUUGGAUGAGCAAACAGAUGCAUGUCAAACCAGUGCUGACGAUCAACUUGUAUCAGGCCUGCACACAGGUCCAUUUUCCAGUAGUGGAGGAUACUGGAUGUCUCUGUCUCCAGAGUGUAGGAAGGAGCAAGGUCUUCCAGGAACUGACUGCGAGGAAGAUGGACAAAUGACAGAAACGCAAACAAAACCACAGAAUCCACAGGAACUUGCAGAUUUCCUACUGCAGAAUUCUGAAGCUGAAGAUUCUGAAGGAAAUUCUGAUUCAGAGCCAGAAGAGGAAGCCUGUGUUUUGGCUCGUUACAACGAAGGUCGAAGAGGUUUAGCCAACUCGGACAAAAGCUCAAGGAGUGAUCAGGAUUUUAACAGAAUGUAUGUUAAGGCAAAUUUGCCCGGCCACAGCGAACAGGCUGAAAUGUCUGCAGGGAAUAACAAGGAAAGCAAAGGGGAGAAGACUCCAAUUGAUUAUUUCACAAGCUAUUUGGAUUGGGACACGUGGGAAGAGAUUGCCUCCUGCAAUACUGCUUGGUCAGAAUCCCCCAUCCCAGUUACUGCCAAAGAAAUGGCUCAAUUUGUAGGGAUCCACAUUGCAAUGGGAACUCUGAAGUUCCCUGACCUGAAGCUCUACUGGCAGGAUCUCACUCGAGUGCCCUUGAUUGCUGAUACCAUGCCUGCCUCCAGGUUCUUCCAGCUGGCAGGCAAGGUCAGGCUGGGACGUCGGGUUAGGGAAACUGAAACUCCAGUGACCACAGAUCCCAUGGACAAAAACGGGAACGAAGACAGAUCAGAUGGUACAACACCAUUCAGGAACAUUACUGAUGGAGAACAAGCCAAGGAUCCACUCAGAACUGGGGCUGGAGUCUCUGAAGAUUCUCCACAAGCCACAUGUCCUCAUAAAAAUUUGAACCCCCAGAUGCAUAGAUUGGAAGACCCAGUAAGCAGCCAGGAACAUGGAAUAAAGCGAAACUGUGGAUCUCCCAAUGCUGCACAAAUUACUCCAGUGCACAAGACAACCACAAUGAAGACUGGGCCUACUCACAACACACAAAGUUACACACAUGAUGUACAAAGACAAAUUCAUGUAGUUGGUGAUGUGGUUUUAGUGAGAAACAGUGAUGUGCACAACCCAAGCCCAUAUCACAGCUCUAGACAAAACACUACACCCUCUUCAGUCAUCCAUGACUCAAACUUGGCAAAUACUGACCCUCUGUGGAGGGUAAGGGCAUUGCUUGAAAGAGUUCGAGCAGGAUGCCUGGCACUGACUCGCGAAGGAAACUUUGGCGUUGAUGAAUACCCUAUUCAUUUGGGACGGCCAAUAAGGAGAAAAUCCGCCAACAACGCACGUCCCACAUUAAACUGUGCUGUCCUUGUAGGGGCUGGCGGGUUGAUCCUAGAUUUCAAUCUGAACGUGGGUGACUCUAACAAAGAGGAUAUGAUAGAGAAAAUGGUCCCCAGGAGUAAAAAAAGAGGGGAGGGAGCAGUAUUUCUUUGCAAAGAGGAAUUGUCCACCCCUGCAGUGUUGGAGCAUCUACUUUCCGCUGGGGUGAAAAGUGCAGCAAGGGUAGGGGGGGUAAGGGGUGGGAUAGGUGAUGAAUUUGUAAGCUCUGAUGGAAAACUGACUUUAUUCCGAUGUCAACAAGGGUUCAUUCUCUCUAAUUUCAGCAAGAAGCAGUCUUGUCCAUUUACUAUUGUUGAGGACUUUGAGGGGACUCAAAAGGUUGCCCGACUGACCCGAGAAAUGCUAAGUCUGUAUCGCACCCCACUUUCAGCUUCCUCUGCAGCCUGCUGGCCACAGACAGUGCUCUGGCAUCUCAUUGACAUGGCUCUGGUGAACUCAUGGCUGCAGUACAGAAUAGAUCAUCAUCAUCUGAGAGAGCCAAUGAAACUUAUGACAUUUCGCUUAGAAGUGUCUAAAGCAUUAAUCCUUUCAAAUUACUCUAAUACACCCAAUUCAUCACCACCUCCUCCUCCUCUUGCUCCACAACUGACUAGUCAAGAUUCCACUGUGUCUCCAUCACCAACUGCUCAUGCUACAGCCCCAAGUCCAGAUGCUACUUCUCGAUAUGAUGGAUUUGGACACUGGCCAGAACAGUUGUCUGAAGGAGAAGGAGGCAGAUGUAGAUUUGGAGGCUGUGACAGAACAUCACGGGUGCGGUGCCUCAAGUGUUGUGUCUUCCUGUGCAUCUCACAGAGCAACAACUGCUUCCUGAAGUUUCACUGCAAAGGGAGUGUUUGAGGACAAUUGUUUUUGAAUUGGAUUUUGUGUCAUAUUUUGUUCAGUGCAUUUAAGCUGCGUUUAAUUAUUAAAAUUAGAUGCACAAAUGUUAGGUGUAAUUACUUUAUGGCCAUGCUGCUGAUAAAUCUGCAUCAUUUGAUAUACUUAGAACAGCAUGAACAAAUUUCUACACUGUUGUGUGUAUACUGGUGAAUGUAGAUUUUCCUUGAUAAGAUGAUUGUUCCCAUCAGACAAAUAAAAAUGUACAGCCAAAAGUCUCUUAUUUUAUUGUAACCAGGUAAUA